UACAACAUUCUUCAAUAACCACACCAAUUCUUCUCAAUCUAAUUUCUCCUUUUUUUCUGCUUGUUCUACGUUUCUCCGGUCACCGAUUAUUUUUUCCCUUCCUUCCGGUACUUUCAAUAUGACUAUCCUCAUUAGCCAGCCUGCACUCGGAACACGAGUUGAGGAUCAGAAACACAAGGAUGAUGUUAUGGAGCUGGUUUUAGACGGUGGAUUUCCCGUGCCGAAAUCUAUUUCUGACGAGGGAUUUGAUGCUCCGGAUAUCAAUGCUUUCGGAAAAUCCUUCAGGGAUUACAAUGCUGAAACUGAAAGGCAAAAGUCUGUGGAGGAAUUCUACAAGAACCAACACAUUAACCAGACCUAUGACUUUGUUAUGAAGAUGAGAAAAGAAUAUUCAAAAUUGGAGAAAGGUGAAAUGAGCAUUUGGGAAUGCUGCGAGCUGCUGAAUGAAGUUGUCGACGACAGCGAUCCUGAUUUGGACGAGCCUCAGAUUCAACAUUUGCUUCAAUCUGCUGAAGCUAUCAGGAAAGAUUAUCCUGAUGAGGAUUGGUUGCACCUCACUGCUCUUAUUCACGAUCUUGGGAAGGUACUUCUUCUUCCACAGUUUGGAUCACUCCCCCAGUGGGCUGUUGUGGGAGAUACAUUUCCUCUCGGCUGUGCUUUUGAUGAAGCUUGUGUUCAUCACAAGUACUUCAAGGAAAACCCGGAUACCAAAAUUCCUCUCUACAGUACCAAAAAUGGAAUUUAUGAAGAUGGAUGUGGGCUGAACAAUGUCAACAUCUCAUGGGGACAUGAUGACUAUAUGUAUUUGGUGGCCAAGGAAAAUGGCACCACCUUACCUCCAGCUGCUUUGUUCAUUAUCCGUUACCAUUCGUUCUACCCUAUGCACACGGGAGGAGCAUACAUGAACCUCAUGAAUGAGGAGGACAAGGAUAAUCUGAAGUGGCUCCAUGUUUUUAACAAGUAUGACCUCUAUAGCAAGAGCAAGGUUCAUGUUGAUGUUGAAGAGGUUAAACCAUAUUACCAAUCCCUCAUCAAGAAGUAUUUCCCUGCAAAGCUGAAAUGGUAAACUAUGCAUGAGGAAAUAUGGAGGGUUGGAAGUGGUGUUUAUUAACUAAUAUGCAAUUACAGUUUUUAUGACUGAAAUGUAAAGUAAUAUAUAAUUAUCUAUUGUAUAACACAGGCUGAUGUAACAUUAUGAGGAAGAGCUAUCUAUAUAAUUAAUGUAAUUCUCUCCUAGCUCUUGUUUGAGCUCAGAAAUCUAUUAUUCAAUAUGUAAAUUAACAUCUUCCUAUUUAUAUAUAUUCUCUUACUUUA